GAGUAUAAAACGCCAGCUCCCUCUCCCUCAGCAGCAUUGUCCAGCACUGUCCACUGCUCAAGCCUAGUCAAGGAACACCGCUCAUUCCACUCAAAACACAGCAAUGGCAGCAAACGUGAAGUCCAUCCUCCUGGUCGCACUGGUUUCACUGACCGUGGUGACAGCUUUUGGACCAUACGGUUACGGCAGCCCGUACGGCUACGGCGGCUACGGCGGUUACGGCGGUUACGGCGGCUACGGCAACAACGGGCCUUAUUCUGGCUACAACAUGCCAUAUGGCCUCGGUUUUGGCGGCAACAUGUACGGCGCUGGCUACGGUCCCAGCUAUGGCUACGGUCCCAGCUAUGGCACUGGCUACCCAAGUUACCAAGCUCCAACCGCCAAAUAUUACGGUGCUACUCUUGGCUAUAACAGCAAGAAACCAAGAAACUACUACAAGGGAUAUCAUUAAGGGGUUAUUCUUUGGGAUCACCGUUUUCGUGCUGGGGUCGACGUGCUCAGAAGAAAGGAGAGGGAGAGAUGGAGAGAAGAAAGAAGGGAAGAGAAGAGGGCUGAGACCACCGGAAACGACGACGGCGUGACGCUUUUUCGACAUUCCAUCGGAAAUCAGAACACAUUGUGUAUAUAGACGCAUUGUUGUCAAAGACAUUAAGUUGAUUAUUUAUUUUCAAAAUCAUUUAAUAAGCCAAAUAUUUAAAAUUGAAAAGGACUGGAGCACUUCCCGAUGACUAUCAAAGUGAUGACACCUCCAUUCUCAAUGUAUAACUGGCAGAAGUUUGUCCAACAUAUCCAAAAUAAUCAACACUUACAGCUUUAAUGUGCAAAACAAAAUGACACCAUCGGUGUACAACAAAUGAAUAAAUCUAUUUUAUGUUGUAUUUAUAAAUUU